GUGGUGGUGGUGUGUGUGGCGGUGCAGCCGACUUGUGGUGGGGAACGUUAUCUUGUAAACGUACCUAACCUCUUUAUGUUAACGCCUGAGAUAAGUGUCACAACUAAACAAUACUAGUGUGGAUUUACGUGAUUACCAGUUGGAUAAUACCACGACGUCUGGGAUCUGACAUACCAACAUCAUGCACAUCAACGGCGGUGGUGGUGAGGAGAGGGGAAAAGGAGAGGAGAAUGGCAUCGACAGCUUCAAUCCGUUCUUCACCCCACAGCACCGCACUACCAGCCCCGCACAGUCCUAUUUCAGUGUUCCCAAUUCCCAGGACUCUCUGGAUGUAUACCACGACGCCUACACUUCUCUCCAAAGACCACAUAUCAACUCCCUCGCCAUGGGAGAGAGAAAACGCCAUGCCAGUUUGGGGGCCGCUGCCAGAGAAAAAGGAUCUGGCGUCGAGAUGAGUUUAGUGGAGGAUUCGACGAAAAUGAAAGGUAUGUUGCCCCACGAGCCAGCUGUGGUAGCUGAUGGCAGGACUCGCCAUGCCAGCUGUAGCGUCACUUCUGCCAUCAACACUAGCCGACCUCAUGGUAUUAACAAUCCUUACCACAUUGGUCGUCUCUCCCUUUCUACCAAUUCUCUCAAAAAGAAAACUGACCGGGAUCAUCCGUCUAAAAAAAUGGGAUCGUUACAGAAAAUAGGAGAAAGCAGUAACUGUAACUGGGUGCCCAACUAUAUACCGCACGUCGAAGUGAAACAAAUCUCGGAGGUCGAAGACGUUAAAGAGGCCCCGGCACCUAUUGCGAGGGACACACACCCCAAGAAGCUCAGUAGUGCUGAUGACGCCGCCUGGAGGAGAAAUUACGUGCCUUGUGUGGAGGUCGACCGUUUACUAGGGAGGAUUGAUGAAGGCGAGAUCCAGUUGUGUCCCGGGCAGAUAGAGCAGUCCAAGGAGACCGUUAUGCACAUGUACACCUUCGGGCCUGUACAGCGCCGUAGUGUGGGGCUCCAGCGUGUACGUCAAGAGUUUAAAGCAGAUAACCUCUAUCUUCACCACAAAGCUCCUCACCUUUUUGUCUCCUCACAAUGGCAACAGCACAACCGUAUGUCAUGCCUGUAUCUGGGUUACCGUCUGUUCUGGGCUCUGUACUUCUGUAUGUGGGCUGUGUGGGCCUGGGUAGGGUCUAUGGGCUAUGAUGCAAAUAUUUCCAUGAAAGGAUAUUUCAUGGUGUACAUGACUAACUGGGGCCUUUGGACGCUUGCAAUAGAUACAACAAUUCAGGCCUUUAAUAUUGUUCUUCACUUCAAGAAAAUUUCAGAGGAUGGUGAUGCUUCAUAUCCUUCAAUGACGGGGCUGAUGAAGGUGUCGUGGACACUCUCCAACAUCACAGGGGCAGUUCAUCUCUUCAUUACCUCAGCAUACUGGAUCACUGUUUAUCCUAACAGGAGUGGUGAGUCCCAGGCAACAGAGAGCUUACCAGAUGAAGAACUGAAUGAGAUAGGUGUAAAUACCCACAUUAUGCCUGGGCUUUAUAUCUUGUUGGAUGUGGCCAUUUCGGCAACCCCUCGUCGUCUGCUUCACGCCUACCAACCAUCACUCUUCAUCAUUGCCUACACCUUCUUCAACCUUACCUACUACCUGUGUGGCGGUCUGGAUUACCAAGGUCGCUCUGCACUGUACCCUGUACUAGACUGGACUAGUCCUGGAACAACGAUUGCAAUAAUGUCUACAGUGAUUCUAGGACUUAUACCCUUUCUUCACGCCAUACUUUGUGCCCUCUACGCCGCAAGAGUCAAGGUUUGGCGCAUCCUCAAAAUAUCUAGAUACAUCAGAGAAGAGGAUGAAACAGAUCAGGUUGAAGGAGGAGCACAGGAGCAAAAAGUCUAGAAAAGGACAGUUUGUUAGUGUGACUUUUGAGAGACUUCAUCUUCACUGAUCGUACAUGAAAGUUUCGGAAAUCUGUUGCUAUAAUGCGUUUUUUCCCAGAUGAGAAGAGAUGCCCCGCCCCCGCCACAAGAGUUACAGCUGAUUGGCUGUUGCAAAUCUGUUAGAUUUUAUCCUGAAGUAAUUAUGUAUUUCUAAAUGAGUUAUUUAUAAUCAUUGGGAUGACCGUUUCUGAUGAGAAAGAUAUUUAGCUAAAUUAUACAUAAAUUAACUGUUAAACUCUGGUCGCAAAUUCACGCUUUCAGAGGACCCAUUUAAUAUAUACAAAUUAUGUAUCGGUAAUACUACAUUACUGCUGAUGCGAGAGUAGACAGCAUAUUGUAGCAUUUGAGUUAAAGCAGAGAACUCUGGGAAAGUCCUAAAGUCGUCUGCUUGAAGUCAUCUGCAGUCAUAUUUCCCGCCUCUGCUGAAGGCUGUUCGCUCGAGCGGCCAAGUCUGUCACACUCAUCCACCAACUUUCAGGAGCCGUGUAAUAUUUCAAUGUGAUUCUGAUCUUUUGAAAUGUUAGUUUUGUUUAAUGUAGUAUUAUUGAUAUGUAAUUCGUCUUAUUAUGCCUUAUUGUGUGUAAAAGUAGGUCAUUUUAAAUGCGUCCGCCGAAAGUGUGAAUUUGCUACCAGCGUUUAACAGUUAAUUCAUGUAUAAGAUUUCUGAUAGACUUCCUAUGUGCUCAUGUUUGAAAUAGUAAAUAUAUGUACAGUAUCUUUAUAUAAUUUAGCUAAGUAUCCUCAUCAGAAAUGGGUAUUCCAAUGAUUAUGAAUAAACUUAUUUAGAAAUAAAUCAUUACUUCAGGACUAAAUCGGACAGAUUUGCAAGACUAAUCAGCUGUAACUCUUGAGGAGGGGGCGGGGCAUCUCUUCUCAGCUGGGAAAAAAACCGCACUAUAGUGUAUCAACUAUGAACUUGUAGUUUCUUAAGAUAAUUCCAAGCUCUGAUAGGAAAUAUUACAGUGUUAGUUAUGAGAUGUGCAUAAUGGUUAUUAACUGGAGCACAAAUACAAAUUAACCUUUACAUUUAACACAUACAGGCCACACGUCAGUAAUAAAAUAAGUUACUGUGUUGAUAUUAACAUACAGAUAGUUAGGGUGCAUAUAAUAAGAAUAAAUUGUCAAAACAACUCUCUUC